AUGGAGGAGGAGGAGAAGGAGAUGAUGGGGCGAGUACGGAAGAUGCCGCAUGAGAGAGAAGAGUUCUCAGGCCUGCUGGCUGAGAGUGCCAUCAGGAAGGAAAUGAAGGCGUUGCUGCAGCAAGGUCCAUUGAAACGGCAGGGCAGCCCCAAGCAAAUCGAGCUGAAGAGCGGGGCUAUGAUAGACAGCAGGAAGCAGGCAGAGAUGAUCAGACUCCUUCAAGACAAGAAGAUAUUCGCCUCUAUCGUCGUUGAUGUCGAUCCUGACGAGGACGCCGAGAUCGUCGUGCCAUUGUGCUCAUGUGCAGGAAAGGCUGCUGAGCAUGGAGUAGCCACGCUCAGUAUUCCACGAGGAUGUUUCUUGAGACGCGUCAAGCUCAGAGUGACGUUGGCUCGUCUUCUUGACAAGGGACUUCAGAUCUCUCGGCUCCUUCCCUUCUUGACGCGGUCUCAACGGCUCACCCAGGUAGCUUCCGUGGCCGUAGCCAUCGAGCAGCUGCCGGACGAGGAUGGAAAGCCCAACAGCGACACGUUUGAGUGCCCUGUGACCGUCAGAUUGCCUCACUUCUGUUCGCUCGAGCAUGUCAACGAUUGGGUUUGCCCUGCUGUCAACAGCUCCGAGCUGGGGUUCGCGUUCCUCGCAGACUGGCAGACAUCUGACGUGCAUCAGCUAAGACGAGACCUCGAAGAGCAGCUGCUCGUCAUCUUGCAGCAGCGACUGAAACCCCGAGGAAACGCUGCGGAGGGAUCGGGGGAUAUCAGUGAGGCAUGGAUGGAGGACAAGAUUCGCUUUCUUGACGCCAUCGGCUCUGACAUCAAAGAGGUGGAGGACAUGGAUUGCAAGCUCAGAUGGAUGCAAGAGCUCGUGCAGCUCGAGCUUGACGCCUUCCUCGAGGAGAUGGAGUGCAUGCAGUCGCUAGACUGGCAGAUGAUAGUCCUCGGGAAGAGCCUCGCCAAGGAAAGAGAGCUCGCGCACCAGCAGAAGCUCCGGAUGCUGUCCAAGAAUGUCGAGCUGCGAACUCGAGAAUCAAGGAUACGAGCGGAGCUGGCGGGGAUGUUGAACCAUUGUCUUGAGACGUUCGCUGGCUUUUCAAGCUCUUCGCCUCGUCGCAUCCUCGAACUUUCCGGUAACUAUCACCAUCGCCUGGCUCAGGUCGAGCUGCGCGGGCCUGGAAUGCUCUUCUUGACGUCCUCAAGUCAAAUUCAAGAUCGAGUCUUCUACCGGCUGCUCCUUGAGACGCCCCAGACCUCGGGUCGCUCCUUCCCGCCCAGACUGAUGGAGGAGGAGCUGCUGGGAGGCCUCCUGACGGUUAGCCUGCUUCCUUGUCCUCCUGCCCCUCGACGCGGCAACCUGCUGCUGCUGGACGAGGGGCAACGGCAGCUGCCUCGAGCAGCGACCAUCACCCGUGUGUCCUUGAGCCUUGCGGAGAGUGACGUCAGCGACCCGCCGGAGGUGCUGGGAGGAGGAGGAGGAGGAUAUCGCUGGGAGGGGCUGGAUGUGGAGGUAGAGACGUUUGUGAGCGUGCGAGAGAAGGAGCUCUACGGUCACCUGUCGCUCUCUCUCCUUGCAGCUCGAGAGCUUCACAUCAAGGACUCUGCCAUCCUCCCCUCCUGCUUCUGCCGCGUCACCCUCGACGGGCAACAACGCGAGACCAAGACGGUGAAGGGAAGUCACGACCCGGUGUGGCACGUGAACUUGUUCCUGGAAGUCUCCAAGAGAUGCGUGGGGGGGCGAGACAAGCAGCUCCGCGAGCUCUUCGGCUUCCUCCUCCUUGAGUUCUUUCACCGCGACCUGCAGGAUGUCUCGCUGCCCCUCGGAAGGCUCAAGCUUCCUCUCGCUGACCUCGUCGACCAGCCCCCCAAGGAGGCUUGGUUCCCGCUCGACGACAGGACGGGCGCACAGGUGCAGCUGCGGGUGUGGCUGCAGAGGCUGGGGACGCGAGGAGGAAGACUGACGGGGAUGGAGAGCUUCGGACGAGGAGUUGCCAAGGCCAUCAUGCUCAACCGCAUCACAGGCGGGAGGAGACGAGACGAGUUUACAGCUCCUCCUCCUCUAUCACAGCACAAACAGGCGGAGAAAGACUCUCUGCCACAGCAUCCUCGUGUCCCUAAACUUCUUCUCUCCUCUCUCCGUACCAUACUCGACUCACAGGACUCUCGAUCCUCCUCUGCUCGACCCGUCGCCUCGCUUGGCUCUCUCUCCUCCCCUCGCACUCGCUGGCGUCUGCCAGUAGCAAACUCUCUUCACAGCAACCUCGCCUCGCUCGCUGCUGACCAACACGUCACUUUGAAGCUCCAGAUGUCUUGCGAGGGAUGGAAGCAAACUAGACUUUUCUGUUCAAACCCGUUCCAGCUUGUCAACGAGCAGCAGAGCGAGCAGGAGGAGUGGACGGAGAGCGCCGCUCCUACAUGGCGAGGAGCAGGAGACUUCCGAGAGGAAGUGAUGAAAGAAAGCUUCUGGGAGUCGCGAGCACAGUUUGUGUGCAUCAAUUAUUGCCAGGAGGACGAGCUGGUCGCUCAGCGCGUGGCAGGAGCGCUCUCAGUGCUCUUCCCGUUCAGCUUCAUUCGCCAUCCCCUUCGUCUCAAGGACCUCAGCUUCGCUCACGCUCAUGACGUUCCGAUCCUCCCGAUCCUCACCGACCUGGAGGUUGAGCAGCUGCUGACCGCGGACGUCGCCAUCGUUCUUGCUGGGCUUCCUCGCGUGUAUGUCUCCUCAGGAGGGGAGGAGGCGAAGGAGAGGAUGGAGCAUUCGAUACAAGGAGCCUUCACCCCUCGAAGCUCGCUCAACAUCAACCAUGGCGUCUCCUCUCACCUCAGACAUCUCUUCGGCAGGAAAUCGCAGGAAGAGAUCGCAGACUUUGUUCAUGAGCCCCUGGUGCGCGAGCCAGCAUGGACGGAAGUCUGUCGAGAGAGGGUGAGACAAGAGCUGGAGGAGCAGCAGGAGGCAGAGGAGCGAGAGAACCGCGGGGUGUAUCACCCUGGCAAUAAGAUGUGCGGAAUGUACCUGCGAGGAGGAUCGGUGGCAGGAGAGGAGAAUAAGCUCUCGCAUACGCCAUGCAUAGGCAACCUCCAGGGCUUCGAAGUGCUCGAGAAGUUUUACAGCACUGGAGAAGGAAACGAGGUGUUUCGGAGGAAGCUGUCGUCACUGAGGAGCGUGUACGGGAAGGGGUUCCGAGCGGUGAAGGGGGACGGGAACUGCUUCAUACGAGGGUACAUGUUCGCCGUGCUCCAGUCCCUCCUCUCCCUCCCCCGGCAAGAGGCGUCGGGGUUCAAGGGGAUCCUCACGGCCUACAACAUCAUGAUGCUGGACAAGCAGCUGGGCUUGGGCUAUAGCGGCCUGGCAGUGAGCGACUUCUACGAAGACAUGCUGAAUGAGGUGACGCUGAUCGAGGAGGGAUCGAUGACGGAGGAGAUGUUGGAGGACAACUUUAACCUGCUCUCCUUCUCUAACUCCUUGGUCACCUUCACCCGCCUCGUCUGCUCGUGCUACAUUCAGCAGCAUCCCCAGCACUUCGCUCCUUUCCUCGGCAUCGAUACCAGUGACACUGACGCGAUGAAGCGAGAGGUUAGAGAUUUCUGUCUGAGGGAAGUGGAGCCACUCGAGCGAGAGGUGGACCAGGUGCAGAUCAUCGCGCUCACUUCAGCGUUCGGCUUCGGAGUGAGAGUCGCACAUCUAGAUCGAUCUGAUGGACCUCUUAACUUUCAUGGUGACCCUCCGAUCUCCUCCCCGCUCUUCUCCUCCCCUUGA